AUGGUUGAAGUAAAGAUUUUGAAGGGAGAUGCACCCAUGGCUGAGAAACCAGUUGCGAAGAGAGCUACCCAGAAGCUGAAAGGGGUCAAGCUGGAGGACACCAUUGAGGUUGAGCAGUCACCCUAUGACAAGCUCCCAUUUCCACAAAGGGUCCUCACCAAAACUCAAAAGAAGGUGAUUUCCAAGUUCAGAAAAGACUUAAGUGAUAUUGGAGUUAAGCUUCCAGAGAUCUCGGGUAUGCGUGAGGCUCAUGUCCAAAUGAUGCUCAUCAAGGACAUUGUAGACCACCAAGCAGAAGUAGCAGAACUUCUCAACAUUUCAACUUUGAAACUUGAUCCAGCCAUCACACCAAAGUCUCUCCCUAAACUAGAAUCCCAAGGGAAGUUCACCUUGUCUUGCUCCCUUGAGAUGGUGAAGAGUCUUGAGAUUGAACACAUGGAGCAUGAUACUUCCUCUCUCACGUUUGGGGAUUCUUCUUCUACUACCCCUAUUGGUCUCAUCAAGGAUUUCCCUUUGAAAAUUGGAUCUUGCACCAUCCCUAUAGACCUCACUGUCUUGAAGAUGGCAACUGAGAAGAGAGUUCCAUUGAUCCUGGGCACACCAUUCCUUACUACUGUGGGUGCUUGCAUCGAUUUCGCCAACAAGAAGGUCACACUCCUCAAUGUCAACAAAGCUGUCUCUUACCCAAUUCAGCCUCCACUGGAUGUUGAGUAUUGUGGAACCAUCACUUGUGGAGACCCCUACAUUGAUAAGGAUCCUCCUUCUCCACUUCCCACUUGA